GCGAUCGUCACGGACUCGCACCAAAACUCGGCGCUCGAGUGCUGGCGACUCUCCGCGCCAUUCGCGACCUCCUCCGCGCCCGGGACCACCGGGGCGAGCGAGCUCAACCUCGGCGGCCUCGCCAACGCGACGUACACGGUGUUCCCUGCCCGCUUCGACGGCGGCGUGCACAACGGACCCUUCGCGCAAUACGUCAUCUUCACGUCUGGCCUCGCCGUCGUCACGCUGCCGCACAACCCUGGUGAAGCGCGGGUCGCUGGAGGACCGAACGGCCUCAUUGUCGUCGUCGACACCGUCGGUUCCGGCCACAUCACCACUUAUCCCUCGGAUUCGCCGACUAUCGCGUAUCAAAUACCCUUUCAGGACGGCAUAAUCCCCGCGCACAAGGUCCUCCACGCAGGGGCGUGUACCGGGAACCAG